AUGCUUGACUUUGAAGUUGUACCUGAAUAUGGCCUUCGAAGUGAUCUUUUAGAAUUAGCUUUGGGCACCCCUAUAAACCAAGAACCUUUGAUCAAAGACAUUGUUAUUCGGUUGCCAGCUGAUGGUUUGCGACUGUAUUUUGACCCAAACACACAGCUGUUAAAGUUAAUUGAAGUUUACGAUCUGUCUAAUAUCACACUUCGCUCUUGCCUUCAUAAAAUUUUGUUUCAACUCUUAUAUUACAGUACGGGAAUAUUUUCUCAGCCCGGUAAAGAAGCAGACAUUUUUAAGGCCGAAGCCUCAUUUGGUGCGACACACCCCGGAGUAUAUGAUGAACAAAACCGGCUUUACGAGUUAAAUUGGCGCGGGCUCUCAUUUAGUUUUCCAGCGCCUAAGGAUACUUCUACUUUACAAAGAGUUGAGUUAAUGUAUUUUAAGACAUCAUAUGUAAAAGGUACAAAGAUCGGUUCGCUGCAGUUUGCUUCCUCGCCACCUAUGCCUGUCAAGAUGGCAAUUUUUAAAGGGCAGUCUGCAGCUCCAAAACUGCCAUCCUGUCCUGGGUCAAUGGUAUGUGGUAUGUGUUUGCCCACAGUGGUAAAAUCUUUUUCUGAUAGCAGUAGAAUAUCCGGGUUGGAUAUUGCUUUUUCUGCGCAAGAGCAUGGUCCAAUCACUUCACGUGGUGCAGAUUUCCCUUUGAAACAGUUUGAGAGACGAAUUCGGUUUGGUGACACUACAGAGGUUGUUUUAUCUGCCCUUGGUGCUCCCUCAAAGGUAAAUUAUCGUUCCGCUGAACAAAUGAUGGUACAUCGAGGAAACGAAUCGGAACGUUUGCGCGAGACACAACCUCACUUUUUCUUCAACUAUUUUUCCUUAGGACUGGAUGUUUUAUUUGACUAUCAUACGAAUCGGGUGAAAAAAUUUGUCUUACAUACUAAUAUGCCUGGUCAUUUUGAUUUUGGAAUCUAUGCCCGUUGUAACUUCUCGAUUAGUGUCGGGACCAAGCAGGUCACUUUGACAUCCACUUCAACGAGAGACCAGUUUAUUGAUCUUUUUUCUGGUGAAGAAGACGAUGCCGUUCAGCCCGUUGUCUUGAACCGCAGUGCUAGUGAAAAUAUUUUUGACUCUACAUUUUGUUACGGUACUGAUCAAGUUAUUGUCGAGGCAAGUUCUUAUGUCUUAGCAGCCUGUGGUAGGGAAAUGUUUUUGAGUACAUUUGAACAGGAUGAGUUUUCUCAGUGGAAGCGUUGGAGGCUCUCUAAAUGGCUCAAAGCUGUGAAUCUGAGACUGAGGCAAGGUGUUGCUGCUCAACAGUAUAGUGUUACAGUGUGA